AUGGACAGCAGCAGCGAGCAGCUGGGUGUGGGGGAGGACGAGGCGGCCUGCACGUCUGCAUCAGAAGGCCUGGAGGAGGGGGAGGUGGAGGGAGAGACGCUGCUGAUCGUGGAGUCGGAGGACCAGGGCUCCGUGGAUCUGUCACAUGACCACAGCGGGGACUCACUGACCAGCGACCUGGGAGAGGACGCCGACGGGGGCUGGGCCUGCGAGGACAUGUCCUUCUACUGCGACCGCUGCCACAAGUGGAUCCCUGCAGGUGAGCGUCAGAGGCCACAGGUGAGCGUCAGAGGCCACAGGUGAGCCUUAGAGGCCACAGGUGAGCGUCAGAGGCCACAGGUGAGCGUCAGAGGCCACAGGUGAGCCUCAGAGGCCACAGGUGAGCC